AUGCAUUCCAGCACGCAGACAAGUAUCAACUGCCAAAAAGGACUGCAAGGCUGCUUGUGGAUGUAUGUCGGUCCAAAUCAGCGACAAGUCAAGGGCAGGACAUGGACGCAAAUCACAGGCCAAACAGAUUGUGCGUGCUGCGGGUGGGUCCAGCCAUUUGCUGUCAUUGUAAAGACUGCCCAAAUCCUUGCAUUAAUAGCGCUUCUCGGUGAAACAAGCAAGGGGGGUACCCAAUGCCCCACAAUGCUUGCCGCCACCUGUAUUGCUAAGCUACUACACAGAGCACAGCUGAGUGGUUUGCAAAGGCACACCUGGACUGGCAGGUGUUCAAGGAGCUGCAAUCAGGUGAAAACUGCAGGAGGUUAG